AUGUCCGAGCCGUUAGGGGUUGAUACCCCGACAGCCGCAUCGAGAAGUCCCCAAGGUGAUGGAAGUGGAGGGGGAAGGGGUGCAGGGAUGAACUCAUCCCUUUCAUCCACACCCACCCCCACUCCGCCAUUGCAUCAGGAUCCGGGACAGUUCAUGCAGAUGCCACCAUUUGGUAUGGGAGCUCCAUUUUUUGCGAAUCCCUUCAUGUCUCCAUUCAUGCCACAGGGUGCACCCGAGCAACAAAACCCGUCGACCGCGGGUCCGCAACCAUUUCCUGUCCCACCCAACAAUCAGAUGGGUUUCUUCGUUACACCGUCACAAUAUCAAGAAAUGAUGCAGCAGUACUUUCAACAAAUGAUGGCCUCAGCCGCGUUGAAUAUGCCUUUCCCGAUGCCGCUUCAGCAACAAUUUAUUCGUCCAGAAAGUCAAGCCAGUUCGAUUAAAGCAGAGGAGACGUUGACAAACGCCGUCUCGCACAUUGAGUUAUCCGAGCAAAACGGCGACAGUCCAAAGCCGACAAAAGACGAGCCAGCCGGUGUUUUUAAUGGCGACUCUCCAUCAUCCGAAAUCCAAGCAUCCACAUCGAACAAGGAAAACACGCCGAACAAUGAGGAUACAGCUUCAUUGAAUAGCACGAAAAGUGGAGAGAAUUCGUUGAGUGAGCAACCAGCGACUCAACGAAAAGGUUCUUCGGAGGGAAGUGAUCGAGACAAUCGAACCGCGUCACUCAUCCAGAAACAGAUGAGCGAAAUCGAGAAAGAGAUCAGUCGACGCACGCAGAACAAAAAUAUCAAGCAGAUCGACGACGCGGCACUAGCCGAAUUGAUGGGACAAAUCGGUGCACCGAUCGGGUUCACUCAAUCCAUACCCACACAGGCAGCUCUCCCAUUUUCUUCCGCUGAAUCUCAAUCAGAGGCUCCCCUCAAGCAGACACUCAAUCAAUUGAGAAGCUCCUUCAAUUUGCCUGAAACGGGACCUCCAUUGCCACCACCACAAAAUGUGCCUCAACAACAAGCUUUACCUGAAGCUACACUCUUUUCACAGACAGUACCCAUGGUUCCAAACGGGGUCUUCGGGCAGCCGAGCACAGCUCCAUUCAUCCCGAAUCAGCCCAACUAUCCAUAUAACACAGCACCAGCUCCAGUAGCUCCACCAGCUCCAUUCAUCCAAAAACCACCCAGCGCGCAAUUCACGACGACUUUCCAAAAUGCUCCAGCUGAGCCUCUCAAUGGACAUACGCAAUUUGUACAAGCUCCAUCAAUAGCGAGUAUCGCUCAAGCAAGGCUGAGUGCGAUGGGCGAAGUGAAGAGUGGAGGAGGAGGAGGAGGAGGAGGAGGAUUGCUCGAUCCACCGCCACCGGCUGCCAAUCCUGUCUUUAAACGGAAUUCUCACUCGGAAAGUCGUUCAUCCGAGAAUGGCGGUGAUGAGGAGCCGGUUUGGGUGAUGAGGGACAGCUAUUUGAGGAGAAUACAAAGGGAACAAGAGGCAACGGUGUCUGAUUGGCCGACACAACAAGACAAACAAGAAUCACCAUCAAAUGAGCAUCCAGAAGGAAGAGAUGGAGAGGAGACCGAUCGUCUUCUCGUCGAAAAAGAGGCGUCAACCACCGAAAAAGAUCGCCGCUCAUCACAAAAAUCGAGUAAAGAAACUCUCGUUCACGAGCCUGCAGUUCUCAUCGAGGGCGUUCUUUUCCGAGCUCGUUACCUUGGAUCCACGCAACUCGUUUGUGAGGGAAGAUCGACGAAGACGGCGAGAAUGGCUCAAGCACAAGAAGCUGUGGCUAGGGUUAAGGCGCCCGAUGGUGAACUGCAACCGUCAACUGACAUCGAUCUUUUCAUCUCCACCGAGAAAAUCAUGGUUUUGAAUACGGAUUUACAGCGAAUAUCGGACACUGAUGUGCGGCAGGAUAUUCUAAUGGAUCACGCAUUGCGCACAAUCUCUUACAUUGCUGAUAUUGGGGAUUUGGUGGUGUUGAUGGCAAGAAGAAUGACAUCAUCGGGAAGUGAUGAAACAUGCAAUAGCGGUGAUGGUGUACGAAAAAGCGCUCGUGUAAUCUGUCAUGUGUUCGAAUCGGAAGAAGCCGCUUUCAUCGCUCAAAGCAUUGGACAAGCUUUUCAGGUGGCUUACGUGGAAUUCCUUCGAGCAAAUGGUAUCGACGAUCCAUCGUAUCUUCGACAAAUCGAUUAUCAAGAAGUUCUAAACUCGCAAGAGCUGCUCGGCGAAGAGUUGGAGAUGUUCUCAAGAAAGGAGACUCAAAAAGACGUUGUCGUUCCAAAGAAAACCGGUGAAGCGCUCGGCGUCGUGGUGGUGGAAUCUGGUUGGGGAAGUAUGCUGCCAACAGUCGUUCUUGCUCAUAUGUCGCCAAUGGGUCCAGCAGCCAGAUCAAAUCAGCUAAACGUUGGUGAUCAAAUCAUCGCGAUCAAUGGGAUUUCUCUUGUCGGUUUGCCACUAUCAGCAGCUCAAAAGAACAUUCAAAAUGUCAAAACAGCGACGGCUGUUCGAUUAACCGUUGUGAACACGCCACCUGUUGUUGAGGUUCGAAUUCGACGACCGGACACCAAAUAUCAAUUGGGUUUCUCGGUGCAAAAUGGAGUGAUUUGCUCAUUGUUGAGGGGAGGCAUCGCGGAAAGGGGAGGAAUACGUGUAGGACAUCGAAUUAUUGAGAUCAAUCACCAAUCCGUCGUGGCUGUUGCUCAUGACCGUAUUGUGAACAUGUUAGCCACAGCUGUUGGUGAGAUUCAAAUGAAAACGAUGCCGACGAGUAUGUUUCGAUUGCUCACCGGACAAGAAGUACCCAAUUAUAUU